AUCGAAAGCGAGGGAGGAUGACCUAAAGUUACUAGGAGACGGAUGAAAGACGCCCGAAGGAUGUCAAGAUGAACCAUGUGGACGAUACAAAGCUUGCGUAAGCCGGAUUUUCUUAAGGAGGCCAUGUUUGUCCACUGUCUCCAUCACCAUCACAACGACCACGUUUGAUCCAGCGUCAUGGCAUUUACAGUUCGCCGCUCUUCACCACAUGACGUGACAGCUCUACAAGAGAUCGUACCAAGGCACUUCUGCAACUACGAACCCAUGAGUCAGUCUUUCGACCCACAACCAUGUCCAGAAGACCUCGCGCCACUGAUAGACUCCAUCAUCGAGGAAUGUGUCCCCUCCGGACCCUCGGUCAAGAUCAUGUCGUUAGUAGCUGUUGACGACAACGGCGAUAUUGCAGCUUUUCUGCUGGCUAGAGAUCUUCGCAAUGAGCAUGCGCCAGAACCUAUUCCUGACGAUGCAUUUAACAAGAAACUGCUGAGUACAUUUGACAAGAUGCACAACCAGGCCGAGGAGGCGAAGCCGGGGUUACAUUCGGAGCCGUGGUUGUUUGUAGAGGUUUGUGGGGUGUUACCACAAGCGACGGGUCAGGGUGUCUUCAGGAAGCUUUGUGAUGGGAUGAAGGACAUCUACGCGGGCGAAGGCUGGAAGGGAUUGUGCGGGAUCACUGCUGCUCCAGGCGUACAAAAAGUGUUAUCGGAGGUCUGGAUUACAGGGAAGCUGAACGAUCUGGAACCGGUCUUCGUUGGCGUAUCAUGGUAGCUUUGCCGUGUCUGGAAUCGAUAACUCCCUUUGUGCCCUCG